UUAGCCGGCGGAGCCGACCAGUGUUGGUUCGACUUUCUAGCGUGUUGUACGUACCGCGGAGUAUAGAAAUCGGCGCGAAAUCCAUCGCGAGUGUUUUGUGCUGUGUUGUGACUGUGUUCAGGAUCUUGCAAAUCUGGAGCGAUACGCGUUUUUUGAGAGGAUCCCUGUGUGUAAUGCAGCAAUGUCGACACGCGCGGUGAGGACGGCGCUGCUCUGCGCUGUCUUGCUGUUCAUACAGCAAGCUAGCGCCGAGCUUAGAGGCAGGUGUCCAGCCGAAGAUGGCGCCUGUCCACCCCGAGCUUCGCCGUGCAACAGUGACGACGAGUGCGGUGAACAGAUCUGCUGCAGUACCUCCUGUGGACAGGCUUGUGUGGAUCCCUUGUAUACUGGCUGUGAAAACAUAAAGCUUUCAUCGGAGCGGAUAUCACGCGCCUUAGCAGUGGAGAACACGCGCUCUGGCCGCGCCGUGAAGUCUCUGAGAACGCCCAGAUGCAGGCAAAGUGACGGCGAGUUCGAGGAGAUACAGUGCGAUAAUGAAAUCGUCAGUUCCUGCUGGUGUGUUGAUCCUACGGGAUUUGAGAUCCCGGGCACGCGCGCGCCGGUUGCCGCCCUAGUCAAUUGCACGCAAACCGCGGCCUGUUCCGCGCACAUGUGCAGGAUGUUCUGCCCGCUCGGCUUCGAGCUGGACUCGCGAGGCUGCCCGCUGUGCAAGUGCCGGGACCCGUGCACCGGAGUCACUUGUCCGGGACAACUGUCCUGCCAGUUGGAGGAAACACCAUGUCUGCGACCGCCCUGCCCUCCCGUGCCUACGUGUAAAAGAGGACGCAGUCUUCAAAACAUCUGUCCAGUUGGAGAGCCCCUGCUAAUAUCCGAAACGAGUCGUCCUUUCCUCUGUGGAACGGACCCAGGAAAACCGAAUUGUCCCCCGCUGUACAGAUGCCUGGUUGAAUCAGGAAACGAUUACGGCGUGUGCUGUCCAGCCUCUCUAGAACUGCAAAAAGCUGGAACUUGUCCAGUUCCUUCCACAACAGAGCUGGAUUGUGGAACUCCUUGCGCUCAUGACCUGGAAUGUCCAUCGAUGCAGAAGUGUUGUGAUGGGGGUGAAUGUGGGAGACACUGCACACUCCCGCACAAUGUGACCAUGUGUACCCAACAGAAGAUGCUGGCUGAACUGCUGGUGGUUAGUGAGAAGGAAGGGCGAGGUUAUGUGCCGCAAUGUGCUGAUGAUGGAUCUUUCCAGUCGCGGCAGUGCUCCAGAAAUGGAUUGGUCUGCUGGUGCGUGGACACAGAAGGCAACAAGCUCCGUGGCUCGAUGGGCCCGGCGGGCGGCGUGCAAUGCUCCGUCGCGCCGGCGGCCGCGCGCGGCGCCGGGCGCAGCCUGGGCGCGUGCGCGCGGGCGCUGUGCGCCGGCGUGUGCGAGUACGGGUACAAGAGCGGCGCGGACGGGUGCCCCACGUGCGAGUGCGACGACCCGUGCGAGGGCUUCCCGUGCGCCGCGGGCGAGGAGUGCGUGCGGGUGCGCGACGCGGACUGCACGGGCGAGUUCUGCACCGGCUACCCGGUUUGUCGGCCGCGGGUGUCGUACGAGAACCCGUGCGAGGUGGGCGUGCCGGCGACGGACGAGGACGGGUCGGUGGUGGCGUGCGGCGCGCCGCGCGACUGCCCCGCGGGGCACGCGUGCGUCGCCGCGCGCCGCAGCGGCGCCCAGCUGUGCUGCCCGGACGUCGCCGCGGACAACUCCACUGAUAGCGAGGUUAUUGAGAUUAACUUCGAAUCAUGCGGAUCAGAGGCAGAAGCUAUGUGCAGUCUGAACUCAACCACCUCGUGUCUGGACGGCAACUGCGAUGACGGGCUGCUGUGUUGUUCCACCUCCAACUGUGGGCCCAUCUGUGUGGACUCUGAUAAGAUCAAACUGCAAACGGAUAAAUUUGAUGAUACUCCGACCAUGUGCGAAUACCUACGCGACUUCGACGAAAAAAUGGAGGGUACCGUGGACGGUAUGAAGCUCGCCCUCCCCGCACCCACCUGCGAACCGGACGGCUCCUUCACCCCGCGUCAGUGCUCCGCCGGCCGCUGCUGGUGCGUCGACACAUUUGGCACUGAGAUACCGAACACCGCCACUAACGGCACGGAUAUUGAUUGUGACAAGGUGCGGUCGGGGCUGUCCUGCCUGGAGCUGACGUGCCGCAUGGGCUGCGACUACGGGUUCGAGGUGGGCGCGGCGGGCUGCCCGACGUGCCGCUGCCGCGACCCGUGCGCCGGCGUGGCGUGCCCCGCCGCCCGCGCCUGCGCGCUCGUCGACGUGGCCUGCGACGCGGACUACUGCCCGCCCGUGCCCGCUUGUCUCCCGCGCAAGACGGGGCAGUGCCCGUACCUGGUGCCGUGGACGGGCGCGUGCGAGUGGGCGUGCCGCUCGGACGGCGAGUGCGCCGGCGAGCAGCGCUGCUGCGCCACGGGCUGCGGCACCGCCUGCACCGACGUGCAGCACCACUCGCCGUGCCAGCAGCGCAGAGCUUUAGCGCUCCACAAAGCGGCCGAAAGUGGCAAUCCCCCCGCUUGGAGCUGGGUGCCCGAGUGCACGGAAGAUGGCGCCUACCAGCCAGUGCAGUGUAAGGGCACCGAGAAAACUUGCUGGUGUGUCGACGUAUCUGGCAAUGAGAUCCCCGGCACCCGCGCGAGCAACUCGACGCCGCGCUGCGACGCGCCGCGCGCGUGCCCCGCGGCGGCGUGCGAGCGCGGCGCGUGCCCGCACGGCCGCGAGCUGGACGCCGCGGGCUGCCCCACGUGCGCGUGCCGCGACCCGUGCGCGGCCGCCGCCUGCCGCCCCGACGAGGCGUGCGAGCUGCUGCCCGUCGACUGCGAGGGUGAGCAGUGUCCCCCGCUGGCGCGCUGCUCGCCGCGGCCGCAGUGCCCGUGGGGCGCGGCGCUGGCGGCGGCGGACGGCGCGCUGCUGCGCUGCGGCCCGAGCGCCGCCGCCUGCCCGUCCACGCACGCGUGCCGCUUCGCGCCGCACGACUCCGCGCCCGCCGUCUGCUGCCCCAAGCCGCGCACCGUGUGUUUCGAGAACAAGGACGAAGGCGACUGCGCAGACGCAAAAGGGCUGAACGCAACGAGAUGGUUCUUCAACCCCGAGCGCAACCGCUGCGAAAGAUUCAAAUACAACGGUUGUUCUGGCAACCACAACAAUUUCCGAACGAAAGAAGAGUGUAACUCUGUCUGUCCUGUGGAAGGGGAAACAGCAAAAUUGGCCCAAAAGAAGAUUGGACCCAUAUUGACUGAACCAGAAGUGCUAAGUCCAUGUGAGAGACUGCGAGAGAAGAACGAGGCGGCCGCCCAGAAGUACGGUAAAGGGACUUUCAUACCCAAGUGUGAUGCAGUUGGGGGCUGGGAGCCGGUGCAGUGUAUGUCGCAUAUAGACGUGUGCUGGUGCGUGAACGCGCGCGGCUCGCCGCAGAAGGGCUCGCUGGUGCGCGGCGCGCGGCCCAACUGCAACUUCCGGCAGGCGCGCAAGUGGGCCGCCGACCCGCUCGACGAGCGGGCGCGCGCCGACGAGGUCCUAGAAGAACUUAUACGACAAAUGACCGCGUACAGAGUGGACGAAUUUGAUGAUGACAUUGAGGAAUUGGACAGUUUAGAACUACUGGAACAUCAAAACGACGAAGCAUCAACAGAAAGCUCUAAGGAAGAUACAUCUGUGCUCGCUGAGGUGGUGGAGCCGAGAGUUGAGACCACUAGGAGGAAGGAGCCGCCUAUCGUGGUACAUAAGGAGAAGGUCACGUUUAAGACGAAAUGCCAGCUGAUGCAGGAGGAAAAUGAGAAUGCCAUCGACGGGUGGAGCCCGCGCUGCCUGUCCGACGGCGCGUUCUCGCCGCGGCAGUGCGCGCGCGGCCGCUGCUGGUGCGUGGACGCGGCGGGGCAGCGCCGCCCGCACGCCGCUAGCGUCCCUGAUGCUCCGCUACCAGAUCCUUGCGAAAUAACCCAAAUCGAGUCUGCGCAAUUAGAACUUGAAAUCAUCGGCGCCGACUCCAACACCGGCGAUAAAGCGCGCUCCACACUCGCGGCGCAGCUCGCGGAGCUUGGCGCGAGAGUUGCUGUGGCUGUGGUGAAGGAGCGCAACGUUGUCAAGCUGCGAGCGUUGCUGAAUGGUCCCAGGGCUGCGGAUAUCGUGUAUCAUGUGGAGUCUAUGGUUAAGAAGGAGAAAUUAGAAGGCCUCGACAAGACAGGGGACGGUGUACUGGGUGCUGACGUCAUCCGCAGCGAAUACCGGCUCGUCGCCGCUCCGCCCACUCCCGCCAUGCACAGGGAGAUUGUUAGCGAAUCCACUGUAUCAGCAGCCACAUCCUACCACACAGCGUUGAUCGUUCUAGCUGCAACAUCCGCCUUCAUCAUUAGCGUACUCUGUGUUCUUGUCAUGUUGUAUAGAGCUAGAUUGCAAAGGGAGCCGCACAAAGCGGAAAGGUUUCUCCCGGCCGCUCCUCCAGUGUAUGUCCUCUCGGCUGACGAGAAAGCGGAGUUAGCGAGAGUGUUACACGCUCAGCCACCAAGUGACGACCAUUCGAGAGUGUAAACACACCUUUAUUUAUCAUUUACUUUGUGAUCACGUCAGGCGCAAUGCCGUUAUUUAAGACUUGAAAAUUAGUAUUGCGAAUAAACCGAAUGUAUGAUAAAUCUAUUAUAUUUUCUCUUUCAUGCAAUUUUGAUCAUGAAUAACUGAUUAGUGUAUAUUAUUACGAUUAGGGGUCCAAUUGGCUAAAGUCAAAUAACGUUGAUGUUCAUUAUUGUAAUUAAAUGAAUAUGCAAAUUCAACACUUUAUAAGUGUAUAUUUAAAUUGUCUAUUCAGUUAGGAGUACAUUAUUUUCUUUAUCUAGAUAUCACGUUUCAGUAUCGAUAAUGACGUUUUUAAAGUGACUUAAUCAUUGGCCAUCGCCGUUUAGGGAAAAAGCUAGUUACGAUCUUCCAUUCGAAUUUAAGAUUACAAAUCUUCCAGAAAGGAAAUAAUUAAAGGAACUAUGUAAAGGCUGCAAAUAAAGCUAUUUAAAAUGAGAAUGUCUGUUGGUAUGUUAGCUGUAAGUAGUCUGUAAGAUCUAUUGAAGUUAGCGCAUGGACGUGCGUCAUGAUCCCUGACGAACGUCUAUACGCACCUUUAGCUGCUAUCGUCUAGACUCGCUCUUAAGGAAAUUAAAUUGUGAUUUACGUACUUAGGUAAUAGGAGCGAGCCUCGCCGGGGAGCUAAUCUAGUCUGUUUGUUUAUCCUUCGUAUUUUCCUUAAAUUCACACAAGCAAUAUUAUUCGUGAAAAUAUAUUUACUAUGAUAAUUGUUACACGGUUAUACUGUAAAUAGUUUAUGUAGUUUUGCUCUUCACUGCACUCGAACUAUAAGGAUAAGUGUUCUAGGAACCGUUAUUAUUUUAUUUUCUAGACU